UUUAAAAAAAGCAUAUGUUUGUAUCAAAGCAGGUAUCAUUUAUUUGGAAAAAUAAAUAUUUACUUUAUUUUUGUUUUCUUUUCUUUUUUUAUUAGUCAUUUAAUGCAAUGACAUUAAGUGUUCAAAUAACAAAACAGAAAAAAUAGUUUUUUUUGCCCUACACGUUAUAACCCAUGUUGAAUUAGUGCUCUCUAUCUUACUGUAGUAUGAAAGGCAUGUCUUUCACAGAUUGGAUUACAUUGACUGACUUGUGACUGGUGCUGAUGAGGCUGUGUCUGAUGUCUUGUGUUUCUCAUUAGAUGUUUUCUGUUUCUGAUUGGUGGAAACAUACAGUGACAUGACAUCAGAAAUCAACAGCAUCAGAUAGGUGCAGCAUACUUUGGUAGGGGAUUUAGCUCACUUUCCUUUAAGCAGGAAUUUAAGCAUAAAACCAUCUGGACGUUUGAAGACAUUAAACUUCACAUUGAAUGGAGGGAGGGUGGAAACCAAAAUAAAAAAAAUUCUUACAGUGUCAACUUUUUGUAUUUAUCUAACAUAAAAACAUUUAUAGGAAUGAAUAAGAGCUGAAUAUUACAUUUUGAGAGAUUUCACAUAUUUAAUAGAUUUUAUAAAAUAAAAAUAAAUUAUUUUUAAAAAUAUUUUUCCUAGUUAAUGUAAUAUUUGUAAUAAUAUAUUUAAAAAAUUGGAUUGCAAACUGGAUUACUAGUCCAAAAGCAAAAAGAAAAAAAAAUAUUAUGCUAUUUUCAAUCAAAGCAAGUGUCAAUCAUAAAAAAAUAUUAUUUUGUUUAAAUAUAUGUUUUGAUAUUCCGACAUUAAGUAUUAUACUUCAUGAAGCCAAAUAUAAACGGAGACAAAUAUUUUCUAGUUUUCAAGUCUCUAGAUGUGACCAGUUUUCCUGUUUUAUUGUCAAUUGAUCCAACAGUACAGUACGUUAUAUGCUCAAGUUUAAUAUUUGUUCAAAUGUAACUGCCGUCGUAAGUGCAAAACAAUAUAAUUAUGUGUGUUCCUACAGAUCUCCAUCGCUCAGGGUUGGAUGGUUCGUGGGAUACGUGUGCAGUCGGUGUGAAGCUGUGAUCGAGGCUGCUGCGGGGUGUGCGGUUUCUCACAUUCUGUAGAGGACACACACAGACAAACACUCAAGAGUGUGUGUUGAGCAGACAGCUAAGGGAUUCGCUCGCUCACAGAAGAUGGAUCUCUUGAGGACUCGCUUGCGUUGGGUCUGUGUGCUGGUCAUUGGACUUCUUGGACUGGUGGAGGAGAACUUGGCUAAUGUUCUGGACACCAUGCUGCUGAGGAAUUCUGGGAAGGUGGCAGAACGUCGGGAGACAGGAAGUGAUGCGCCGGCUCUAACUCAGCGCUUCCUGUGGUGCUACUGUUACCAUCACUGUCCGGAGGACUCUGCUAAUAACACAUGCAGGACGGACGGUUACUGCUUCACCAUGGUGGAGGAAGAGGGUGGAGCGGCUGUGGUGACGUCAGGCUGUCUGGGUCUGGUCGGAUCAGAGUUUCAGUGCCGAGACACGGGGAACUCUAAACAGCGGCGAGCGCUCGAGUGCUGCACAGAUCAGGACUACUGUAACAGAGACCUACAUCCAACACUGCCUCCCCUACAAACACCCAGUUACGUGAUGGGAGACAUUCAUCACAUCGCUCUGCUCAUCUCAGUGACCGUCUGUAGCUUCAUCCUCACCUUCAUCAUCAUCUUCUGUUACUUCAGGUAUAAGCGUCACGAGUUAGUCCCGCGCUACAGCCUCGGCCUGCAUCCAGACGAGACGUUCAUUCCUCCGGGAGAAUCCCUGCGGGAUCUCAUAGAGCAGUCCCAGAGCUCCGGCUCGGGGUCAGGACUCCCCCUGCUGGUGCAGCGCACUAUAGCCAAGCAGAUCCAGAUGGUGACACAGAUCGGGAAGGGCCGUUAUGGAGAGGUGUGGAUGGGGAGAUGGAGGGGAGAGAAAGUAGCUGUGAAAGUCUUUUUCACCACAGAGGAGGCCAGCUGGUUCAGAGAGACAGAGAUAUAUCAGACUGUCCUCAUGAGACACGAGAAUAUACUGGGGUUCAUAGCGGCUGAUAUUAAAGGCACGGGCUCCUGGACUCAGCUCUACCUCAUCACUGACUACCACGAGAACGGCUCUCUGUACGACUAUCUCAAAUGCACCACGCUGGACAGCCGGGCCAUGCUGAGACUGGCGUACUCAUCCGUCUCCGGCCUCUGCCACCUUCACACCGAGAUCUUCGGCACGCAGGGCAAACCGGCCAUCGCCCACAGAGACCUGAAGAGCAAGAACAUCCUGGUGAAGAGGAACGGAGCCUGCUGCAUCGCUGACCUCGGCCUGGCCGUCAAGUUCAUCAGCGACACUAAUGAAGUGGACAUCCCGCUGAACACCCGCGUGGGGACCAAACGCUUCAUGGCUCCUGAAGUUCUGGACGAGACUCUGAACAGGAACCAUUUCCAGUCGUACAUCAUGGCCGACAUGUACAGCUUCGGCCUCAUACUGUGGGAGAUCGGCCGCCGGUGUGUGUCUGGAGGUAUCGUAGAGGACUAUCAGCUGCCGUAUCAUGAUCACGUUCCUAAUGACCCGUCAUAUGAAGACAUGCGAGAGGUGGUGUGUAUUAAGAGAAUACGGCCGUCGUUCCCCAACCGCUGGAGCAGUGACGAGUGUUUGAGGCAGAUGGGGAAGCUCAUGACGGAGUGCUGGGCUCAGAAUCCGGCUUCUCGUCUCACAGCCCUGCGCGUUAAAAAGACACUGGCCAAGAUGUCAGAGUCCCAGGACAUUAAAGUCUGAAGAAAGACUGACCCUGAACUCACCGACUGAUCUCCUGCUGUCCGAACACUUGACUGUAUGAGGAUCGGUGAACACUGGCCAGUGGGACGGAGCAGGACCUCAGCGACUCUUUUCUGUUCAGCUCAUACAUGACAGUGCUUUUGGAUCACGUCAGAUUUGGUGUGUCAUGAUAGCUGCGGUUUCCCACGUUUUCUGGUGGGCUGUGCCUUAUUUAUUGUGUAAAUAGAUGAAAAUGAACGACGCACCGGUGUACUUGAAUAAAUGUUCUAAUAACACUGAA